AUUGGACGGACGCGUCUCUCUGCGUUCCUCCGCUGGCUGCUGGAAAUACACGCGAACCGAGCGGAUCUGUGUCCCGGAUUCCGCACCGAACCGAACCCGAGCGCUCGGGCUUCCCAUGGUGGAUCUGCGUGGAAGAUGGCGGAGUUGAGCGCGAUCCGACAAGAACUUAGAACCAGAAAUCUGAGCAGUUCUUUUGGGGAGCCUCAGUCACCACAAAAAGAUGAGCAACAGAAACUGGCCGUGCCGUUCUGCGGCGGCAUUCGGGGCGGACUGCGACCGGGAAAGAAAAUCACCAUCAUGGGCGUUGUGAAUGCAGAUCCGGACAGUUUUGACAUAAGUCUGACGUGCGGCUGUGGGGACGUCGCUCUGGAUAUGUGCGUACGGUUCGAAGACCGGGAGAUUUUACGAAAUGCCUGCGUUUCUGAUAGCUGGGGCAAGGAGGAGAGGUCAAUACCCUAUUUCCCCUUCAUCGCAGAGCAGCCUUUCAGGGUUGAGAUCCAUUGCGAGCAUCCACGCUUCCGCGUGUUCGUGGACGGCCACCAGCUCUUUGACUUCUACCAUCGGGUGACGCCAGUGGCAGCCAUCGACACCAUACAGAUCAGCGGCAGUCUGACCAUCACCAAGCUGAACUGAUGCCUGCUCCCCCACCAGCGUCACAUGAAACCAGCCUCCCCACCAGCCCAUCCAUUCUGAGCAUUAAAGACUGUCUGCGAUACCGAAGGACGCUCCAGAAUCAUCGACAACUGAUGAACUGAACUUGAAUCCGCAUUUUGAGCUAUAAGAAGGCAUUUAUUUUUAUGAGCAUCACAAUUCUCAGUAGCAUUUUAGCUAAAGUCAACAUGAAACGGCAUUUGUAAGUCAUUUACUUUGAUUUUCUGAGUGGAACAGGAUAGUGGAAAAGUGGGCGUUCAGGACCAGAACAUUGGCUAAAAACAGUACCUGUGUGGCCAGUGAUGAUGCAUUUUGUAGUCCAACCUACAAGUUCACAUCUUCCUGGUCAUUUUGACAAAAACCCAGUAGGAGUUUUCCAUUGGCUUUUGGAUUAUUGCAGAAAAUAAGCUCUGUGACCAACACAAGUUUAUGAUUCUUGCAUGUUUUGUUCAUUAUAAUAGCCUUUUAUGAUUUAUAAAUGUAAACAAACUACAGUGUAAACAUUAAUAUCACCACCAUCAGAGCUGGGUAGUCAAAAGUUCUUGAACAGUAAGUUUUUUAAUGUUUUUUAAAGGAGUCUCUUCUGCUCGCCAAGCUUGCAUUUAUUUGAUCCAAAGUACAGCAAAAAUAGUAACAUUUUGAAAUAUUUUUACUAUUUAAAAUUACUGUUUUCUAUUUGAAUAUAUUUUAAAAUGUUAUUUAUUACAAAGCCGAAUUCUUUGCGUCAUUACCCCAGUCACAUGAUCCUUCAGAAAUCAUUCUAAUAUUCUGAUUUGCUGCUCAAAAAACAUGAUUUUAUCACUGUUAUGUUGAAAACAGAUGAGUAUAUUUUUUGUCAGGUUUCUUUGAUGAAUAGACAGAUCAGAAAAACAGCAUUUAUAUGAAAUUGAAUUUUUUUUGUACCAUUAAAAUGUCUUUAUCAUCACUUUUGAUCAAUUUAAAGCGUCCUUGUUAAAUAAAAGUAUUCAUUUCUAGUAUUUCUUUCACAGAAAAAAAAAGAUACUGACUCCAAGCUUUUGAAUGUUAUAGUAUAUAAUGUUGCAAAAGCUUUUUAUUUCAGAUAAAUGCUGAUCUUUCUAUUCAUCAAGGAAUCCUGAAAAAAAGUAAUGAUUAAAUAUUGAUAAUAAAAAUUAUAAUUUUAAUUGUGAUAAAAAUAAUGAGAUUUUAAAAUAUAUUCAAAUAGAAAACAGUUAUUUUAAAUAGUAAAAAUAUUUCAAAAUUGUACUCUUUUUGCUGUACUUCGGAUCAAAUAAAUGCAGGCUUGGUGAGCAGAAGAGAUUUCUUAUAAAAACAUUAAAAAUCUUACUGUUUAAAAACUUUUGACUGGUAGUGUACUUGUAAAAUAGAUAAAUUACAUUUUAAAAUACUCAUAAUCAGACUACAGUUAGUUUUUAUGGAUUACAUGAUUGCAUAUUAUUUACACAUUAGCAAUAAUUUAUUCAUAAUUUAUUGAUUCUCAGUAAUCUUUUAAAUUUUCCUUUCUUAAAUAGCCUACCGCUUUUACAGUUUUGUGGAGGUUUACACAGAGGUCACUGAAACCUUGACAUAAUAUAAUGUUUAAUAUACUUCAUACUGACUCUUUGCAUUUUUAUAACAAUAUGGUACAAGAUUAUCUUAUUUAAAUCAAUGUGAAAAAUAAGAAAAUAUUGUGAGCUUGUGUUCACCACAAAGCUUAUUUCGGGUUUCUAACUAAAAAUCCAUUCAAAAAGACUAAAAAUGCAAAUCGUUUUGGUCUACAAAAAUACGUCAUACCUGCAGUGCAUUAUUAGCUGACAUCAGACAGAGGAAGAGCAAGUUAUAAAGACAAAAUAUUAAACAUACCAAUAAGUCGAUCACAAUUAGACCAAGAGCAUGCAUUCAGAAAGCAAAAAAGUGAGUUUGGAUUUCAUGUUGACUUUACGGCGUUAAAGUGGAGAUGAGAGAAACGUAAGAUGAAUGUUGCCGUCAGUAGUGCUGAGUUCUGAUACAGAUGCUGAACUAACAAAAGAGCGCAGCUUCAUAUAUGAACGUACUGCCUGAAUUUAACAGUGUAACACUCCAGCUAAUGUACUCAGGUGGAAACCCUAAAGAGGUUUAUUUAUUUCCUAAAUACGUGUUUAUAACAUAAACAAGGUGAUUUGAGAGAUGCAUCUGUCUUACUGCAAUAGUGAUCUUUCCAUUGUAAUUCCAUUGACAAGCACUUAUACAUUCUUAAACGCAAUGCAUUUUAUGUUUAGUUGCGUUCAUGAGACAAUGUGAUGAACCGCCGAUGAUGUGAACUUCAUUUAGCAUUCCAGCAUAAAAUCAGGGAGAAAAUCAUUGCAUUCCUUUGCUUUCUGUGUAUUUAUUGUCUCUGAUUGUAUACGCAUUGUUCCUAAUUAAUAAAAGGCUUCUGAUUAAUGAUA